AUGGCGUCCCCUCGCGAGGAGAGCGUGUACAAGGCAAAGUUGGCAGAGCAGGCCGAACGUUACGAGGAGAUGGUGGAAUUCAUGGAGAAGGUGGUGGCGUCCGUGGACGGCGGCGAGGAGUUGACGGUGGAGGAGCGCAACCUUCUGUCAGUGGCAUACAAGAAUGUGAUCGGCGCUCGCCGCGCUUCCUGGCGUAUCAUCUCCUCAAUCGAGCAGAAGGAGGAGAGCCGCGGUAACGAGAGUCACGUGUCCGCGAUAAAGGGAUAUAGAUCUAAGAUCGAAUCUGAGCUCUCGUCCAUCUGCGAAGGGAUUUUGAAACUCCUUGACACAAAGCUCAUAGGAUCCGCAUCCAGCGGAGACUCUAAGGUGUUUUACCUGAAGAUGAAGGGAGAUUAUCAUCGCUACUUGGCGGAGUUUAAGACUGGAGCUGAGAGGAAAGAAGCCGCAGAGAACACUCUCUCGGCUUACAAGUCGGCUCAGGACAUUGCAAAUACAGAGCUUGCCCCAACACAUCCAAUCCGGCUUGGACUUGCUCUCAACUUCUCAGCUUUUGAUGAGGCAAUUGCGGAGUUGGACACGCUUGGAGAAGAGUCAUACAAGGAUAGCACUCUGAUUAUGCAGCUUCUCCGCGACAACCUAACUUUGUGGACUUCAGACAUGCAGGACGAUGGUUCUGAGGAGAUCAAGGAAGCAGCACCAAAGCAAGAUGAAUAG